AUGAAGAUCAUAAACAUUAUUCUGAUAUUAUUUUGUGUCCUUUCAUUUGCAUUGGGUGACCUAAUAGUUGGAUACUAUGACAUGAACUGUCCAAUGGCUGAGAACAUUGUACACGACGUCGUACGAAGGUAUUUCCUGCAGGAUGCGUCAAUUACCGGAGGCUUGCUUCGCAUGCACUUCCAUGAUUGCUUUGUCACAGGUUGUGACGCCUCCAUACUAAUAGAUCCAACGAACGAGACAUCAUCAGAGAAGAAUGCAGGACCAAAUCUAACAGUGCGUGGAUAUGAGAUAAUUGAUGAGGCCAAAACGCUUUUAGAAGAAUCUUGCCCUUUAACAGUUUCAUGUGCAGACAUCAUAACACUAGCAGCAAGAGAUGCAGUGGGCCUAGCAGGAGGGCCCAUAUACCUUGUCCCUACAGGAAGAAAAGAUGGGCUGAUAUCCAAUCCCAAAGAAGUGAACCUUCCAGGCCCAUAUCUUCCCGUGUCUCAAGCACUUGAGUUUUUCACUGCAAAGAACAUGUCACUCGAUGAAAUGGUGACCCUUUUGGGAGCACACACCCUUGGCUUUGCUCAUUGUAGCAGCUUUAGAAAUAGGCUCUCUAGCUUUUCAGGUCACAUUGAUCCUACUAUGGACCCGGCUUUGGAUGCAAAUUUGGUGAGAAUUUGUGGGUCUUCAUCUACUAACACUACAAAGGAUGAUCCCACAGCUGUUUUGGAUGCCACACCUAAUGUAUUUGACAACACAUUCUAUGGUCAAUUGUUUUACAAGAGAGGGGUGCUUUCCAUUGAUCAGCAAUUGGCUUUGGAUCCAUUGUCUAGGGACAUAGCAUCCAGGUUUUCAAGUGAUGGUAGUGCUUUUCGUGAGAGCUUUGCAAAUGCUAUGGUUAAGUUGGGUUAUUUGGCUGUAGAUCGUGGAGAUAUAAGAAAAAAUUGCAGGGUCUUUAAUUAA